AUGUGUGCGGGCAUGUGAUGCAACCAGAGGUCCAGAGGACAGCCAAAGAACCGUACCUGUUAGUUUUGGUAUAGACCAAAAGCCAAAGUAACUCCAGAAAUGAGGGGAAUUCCCCGAGGUCCUGUUCAGCAGCCCCUCGAGGAUCGGAUCUUCACUCCAACCGUCUCCGCUGUGUACAGCACUUUUAUCUCCACACAGGUAACACAAGUAGCAAGACAACCGGGUCCUCCUGCCCCAUCCCCUUACACUGCACAUGAAAUAAAUAAGGGACACCCAAAUCUUGCUGCAACGCCACCGGGACAUGCAUCGUCCCCUGGGCUUUCACAGGCUCCUUACCCCUCAGGACAGAAUGCAGCUCCAACCACAUUGGUGUACCCUCAAGCCCCUCAAACAAUGAACACCCAGCCUCAGACCCGCUCGCCGCCCAGCAGAACAGUGCCAAUACAUUGCACAGACAACUGGAAGAGGAGGAAGGUUUUGGAACAGAGUCCGGUUUACAGGUCCCUGGCUGGAAGAGGCUGGAUAAAAUACUGCAUUUUUGCAGCGGGGCCUCGACCUGCCCAUCACCAGUUCUUUCAGAGGCCUCAGAUACAGCCUCCAAGAGCCACCAUCCAGAACAGCAGCCCUUCCAUCCGUCCUGGUGCGCAGACGCCAACUGCGGUGUAUCAAACCAACCAACACAUCAUGAUGGUUAAUCAUCUGCCAAUGCCCUACCCGAUGCCUCAGGGCCCCCAGUACUGUAUACCACAGUAUCGUCACAGUGGCCCUCCGUAUGUCGGGCCCCCGCAGCAGUAUCCUGUUCAGCCGCCAGGACCAGGACCCUUUUAUCCAGGACCAGGUCCUGGAGAAUUCCCCAAUGCCUAUGGAACACCUUUCUACCCAAGUCAGCCAGUGUAUCAGUCAGCACCCAUCAUAGUGCCUACACAGCAGCAGCAGCCUCCACCAGCCAAAAGAGAGAAAAAAACGAUCCGAAUCCGGGAUCCAAACCAGGGGGGCAAAGAUAUAACAGAAGAAAUAAUGUCUGGAGGGGGGAGCAGGAACCCAACGCCUCCCAUCGUGAGACCCACUUCCACACCUACUCCACCUCAGCAGCUGUCCAGCCAGGUCCCCGAGCACAGCCCUGUGGUUUAUGGGACUGUGGAGAGCACCCAUCUCGCUGCCAGCACCCCUGUCGCUGCGACUAGCAACCCGAAGCAAGAAGAGAAGCCAAAACCAGAUCCAGUAUUAAAACCUUCUUCUCCAGUCCUCAGACCAGAACCUACUGGGGAGAAAAAAGAUCAAGCUGGCCAGACGACCGAGGCCACCUCAGUGGAAACCCCACCAGAACUUCCUCUUGCUCCAUCACCAACCCCGGCUGCUCCCAUCGCAGUUGCUGCUGCUGCUGCUGUUGUCACCGUUUCUAGUAAAUCCACAUUCACAGCUGACUCAGAGGAGAAAUGUGAACUCGCUUCCCCAAAAGAGGAGGCAAUGCCUAUACCUAAUGCCGCACCCUGCACAGACACGUCAGACCCUUCGCCAGCAGAAGAGGCUGAUGCCGAGGUGUGCAAGGAGCCUAGUAGUGUAGCAUCUAGUGAUAUUCCAGUGACUGCUAGUACUAAUCUAAUUAAUGAAAUGAACGGAGUUAGUGAAAAAGUAACUGCUGCAGAGAGCAUAGUAGAUGUAGCCCAGACAGAAGUUGCGCCAUUGACUGUUGAGUUGGAGACGCCAGAAGCACCUCCAGCAGAAGUGGAAAGCAUGCCAUCUUCCAGUGCUCUUCACGUUGCUCCCUCUCCUCCUCCUACCCCACCUCCCACCCCUCCACCGCCUCCUCCUCCUCCUGUUUCUGUUGCUGCUGCUGCUGCUGCUGUUACCACUACAACUCCUUCUCCACCUCCUCUUCCAUCUCCUACUGCCCUCCCUGUUGUUCAGGGAGAUUUAGAAGGAGAGGAGAGCACAAGAACUACUCUUAAUGAAGAGGUAAAAGAUACUGAAAAGAAGGAAGAGACAGAAGCAGAUGGGCAGCUGGAGGAGAGCACAGACACUCAGAACUCGAGCAAGAGUCCUGUCCCAGCCCAAACAGCUGUAACUGCACCAAAGACGUGGAAGAAACCAAAAGACCAGACCCAAGCCACUGAGGAGGUGACAGAGGCAGAAACAGAGCCUAAAGUAGAAGAGGAACUUUCAGGUGACAAAGUACUUGAAUCUGAACAGGAGAAAAUGAGCCAUGGGUUUCAACUGGAGAGAGACCCCUCUGAACUUAAAAAAGCGAAACCUGUGGAAGAAAAUGGAGAGCAGGAAGCAGAGCCUGUGCGGAACGGUGCUGAGAGCAUUUCAGAGGGAGAAGGAACCGAUGCAAACUCUGGCUUCACAGAGAGCUCCAGCGAAGGUCCAGUGUACCAGUAUAAACCAGAGCAGUGGAAACCCCUGGACCCGGAGGGGAAGAAGCAGUACGACCGGGAAUUCUUAUUGGAUUUCCAGUUCAUGCCUGCCUGUAUCCAAAAGCCGGAGGGGCUGCCUCCCAUAAGCGAUGUGGUUCUCGACAAGGUGAGAGGAGAGCCGAUCAAACAGGUCAAUCAGCCGAAAUUGCCCCUGAGGACUCUGGACCCUCGGAUACUGCCUCGAGGACCAGACUUUACGCCGGCCUUUGCUGAUUUUGGGAGGCAAACCUCCGGUGGAAGAAACGUAUCUGGAAGUGCCUGCAAAGUGCAGAGCAACCCUGGAUUGCCUUCCCUGGCUCGGUGCGGUUCCCCAGCAUGCCCUCUCUUGGUCUCGCCUCACCCACCAUUGAGGAACCUGCCGAUAGGGUUGUUGAAUGUUGGACCGAGGAGAUCUCAGCCAGGCCAGAGGAGAGAGCCGAGGAAGAUCAUCACUGUGUGUGUGAAGGAGGAUGUCCACCUCAAGAAGGCAGAGAACGCCUGGAAGCCAAGCCUGAAGAGAGAAAACCAAACAGAGGACCCAGAAAAUGUCAAAACCCAGGAGCUGUUCCGCAAGGUACGGAGCAUCUUGAACAAGCUGACACCCCAGAUGUUCAAUCAGCUCAUGAAGCAAGUGACAGACCUGACAGUAGAUACAGAAGAGAGGUUGAAAGGGGUCAUCGACCUGGUCUUCGAGAAGGCUAUCGAUGAACCGAGCUUCUCGGUGGCGUAUGCCAACAUGUGCAGAUGUCUGGUAACGCUGAAAGUGCCCAUGGCAGACAAACCUGGGAGCACAGUAAAUUUCCGCAAGUUGCUGUUAAAUCGCUGCCAGAAGGAAUUUGAAAAGGACAAGGCUGACGAUGACGUCUUUGAAAAGAAGCAGAAAGAACUUGAAGCUGCUACCACUCCAGAGGAGAAGACGCGGCUCCAUGACGAGCUGGAAGAAGCCAAGGACAAAGCCCGACGGAGAUCCAUUGGGAAUAUAAAAUUCAUUGGCGAGCUUUUCAAACUGAAAAUGCUGACGGAGGCUAUCAUGCAUGACUGUGUGGUGAAGUUGCUGAAAAACCACGAUGAGGAGUCCCUCGAGUGCCUUUGCCGCCUGCUAACUACCAUUGGCAAGGACCUGGACUUUGAGAAAGCAAAGCCUCGCAUGGACCAGUAUUUUAAUCAGAUGGAGAAGAUUGUGAAAGAGAGGAAAACGUCUUCAAGGAUUCGGUUCAUGCUUCAGGAUGUAAUAGACCUAAGGCUGUGCAACUGGGUGUCACGGAGAGCAGACCAGGGCCCGAAGACCAUUGAGCAGAUUCAUAAAGAAGCCAAGAUUGAAGAGCAAGAAGAACAGAGGAAGGUCCAACAGCUCAUGACCAAAGAGAAGAGGAGACCAGGUGUCCAGCGGGUCGAUGAAGGCGGUUGGAACACUGUGCAGGGGGCAAAGAACAGCAGAGUGCUGGACCCCACCAAGUUCCUUAAAAUCACCAAGCCCACAAUAGAUGAGAAGAUUCAGCUCGUGCCUAAAGCCCAGUUGGGCAGCUGGGGAAAGGGCAGCAGUGGCGGAGCAAAGGCGAGCGAGAUGGACUCCUUGCGACCAAGUGCCACUAGUUUGAACAGAUUUUCUGCACUGCAGCCUCCAGUCUCAUCUGUAUCUGCCUCAUCCGCAUCCUCGGAAUUAGACUCUCGCAGGGCCUUAACUAGUCGCGGGAGCACGGGCAGGGAGAAGAACGACAAACCGCUCCCACCUUCCCUCUCCCGUCCCAACACCUUCCUGCGGGGCAGCAGCAGUAAAGAGCUGCUGCUCGACAACCAGGCACAAGAGGAGCAGCGGAGGGAGAUGCUGGAGACGGUGAAGCAGUUAACAGGCGGCAUGGAGGUGGACAGGAACAGCGCAGAGGCGGAGAGGAACAAACCCAAGGAGCCUGCCAAGCCAGAAGCUCCCCCAGCUCCAGCUCAAGAAAAGCCUUCGCUAUCAGAAGAGGAAAUAGAGAGAAAAUGCAAAUCUAUCAUUGAUGAGUUCUUGCAUAUUAACGAUUUUAAGGAAGCGAUGCAGUGCGUGGAGGAGCUGAGCGCCCAGAAUCUGCUGCCUGUUUUUGUGCGGGUGGGAGUGGAGUCGACACUCGAGAGGAGCCAGAUCACCAGGGAUCACAUGGGCCAGUUAUUACAUCAGUUGGUGCAGUCGGGAAAGCUGAGCAAGCAGGAUUUCUUCAAGGGUUUUUCAGAUACCUUGGAGAUGGCGGAUGACAUGGCCAUAGAUAUACCCCAUAUUUGGUUGUACCUAGCUGAGUUGGUGACCCCCAUGUUAAAAGAAGGAGGAAUCUCUAUGAGAGAACUUAUACAAGAAUUUAGCAAACCUUUGCUUCCUGUGGGAAGAGCCGGCGUCUUGCUUGCUGAAAUCUUGCACCUUCUAUGCAAACAAAUGGUACCUUUGCACCUGGCUUCUUCCAGAAGCUAGAGUGCUGAAAUAACGCAAGAGGGACAUUCUCGAGGUAUUUCUGGGCUGACCAGAAGCAGCAAGUGCCGAAAUCUUGUGAGAGAGCUGUUCUUGCAGACCGGAGAGGUUCUGAGGGUUCGGAUAAGCUUCAGGCAGCCUCUCAGAGUUCUGGGUGCUUAUCCAAACUCACCCUGCCAACUCUUAAGAUUCACCUGUCACUAGGGGUAGUGACACCUUUGCACCCUGUAACUUCUAGAGCUCUCUUACAUAUUUCACAGUUGUGUGUCCAAACAGUUUGGUGGUUUCCCUGCAGCUCUGUCUCCAUUUUUUGUCUUUUUUUUUUUGUCUUUUUUCCCCCCAGUCCAGCUAACUACUGCACUUUGGACAGUGUCUAUUUUAAACCCUGUAAAAUCCCUCACUUGCCUUUUUUUUUUUCUUUCUUUUUUUUUAAAGCAUGCAUUCAAAUAUAGUUGAAAGUUCCAGGAGCAUUUCAGCCUAGCAGCGCAAAUAGUGACUUUUUAUUUAUUUAUUUUAGCCUUAUGCUUGUUUGGACAGUAGACUUCCAUUUAUUUUUCUCUUGUUUUUUGAAAGAAAAGCUACCGUGCUCUGGGGGUUGAAGCUUGGGUUUCUGUUUUGGGCAGUUUUCUAAUUUGAUCUUGUCCAGGCCAAUACCUGGACGUAUUUCAACAUAGUAUCAGUCAUCUAAUUCGGAUCGUGAUGAAUCGUAGCAGGAGCUAUGCACAAUUAGCUCUUAACGAUCUGCAUUGUAAAUUUAAGGUUGUAAUCCCCUUUGUAAAGUAAAAAUCAGGCUGCUUUUAUCAGCGCUUAACUUGGGCUCCGCAGCGAUCUCCCUUGUGCAGAUGCUGUAAGGUGAAGGGUUUUGCAAAGCAUUUGGGUGACAAGAACUGGUGAUUAUAAGUAUUUUUAUUCCUGUCAGAAUUGUGUAUGUGCCGUCUUAGGCAGGAUACCAGGAGGUCAGCGUGACAUUAGGGGAUGCGGAAGGUUGAACUGUGCUACUUGAGGUUUGCAAUGAAUUCUAGGAAUUGAAGGGUGAAGUUUGGUAUUAUGUACCUGAAUUUGAGGCUUGAUCUCUGCACAGAAAACAGCCACAUAAAUAAUUAUUUUUUGAAAGCAGCUAAUUUGCCAGUGCCUUAAUGUCAGGGCAGGGGAGAAUGAGUCACAGAGUGAGUUAAUGACAGAGUCAGGAGAAGAAUCCAGGUCAUCUAACUGCCAGCCCCAUGUCACGGCCGUGGGAAACUGCCCUGUCCAGAUGUGUCACUUUUCGUAGGUAAUCUCUGGCUGAAGUUGUUGCAAACCCCACGUGUCACGUUCUGCCUUGUUUAUUACCCAUCACUCCGGCAUUUGACCACUUGACCAGAUGUGUGUACCUGUGGCAGGAUUGCCUAUAUGAUUUCUCUUGCACGGGAUUUCCAGAUGUUUUCACUUCAUCUUGUUUGGUGGCUGAACGGUUCUUUAUUUCUCCUGACACAGCUGCACCACUCCGGCUUGUGUAAGCUCCCCUGGUUGUCUCUCAAGUUUUUAAAAUGCAC